AUGGUGGCCACAGAAUCCGAUGCAGUUACUCCCAGCGCAGAAGACGGCGUGUCUAACAACAACGACUUGGUCGAAGAGAAUGGAAACGUCAGUCCUGACCCCACCGAUGGGCCGUUGCGUCAAGGGACCAUAUCGUCUGCUCGAUAUAAUGUUCUUUGUACAAUGGUUGGCGGAGGCUGCUUAUCCUUGCCAAUGGCCUUUCAAAAGACUGGAAACGGAUUGUUUGGGCCGUGCAUGUUGCUGUUGACCGCCGCUGUGACCGACUGGUGCUUCCGAAUGAUUAUUGCAGCCACAAGAAAGUUGUCGCCUGUUCAAGCCCAUACUGUGGUGGUUGGAAAGGAGAGUUAUGAAUCAAUGGCCAGUGCGGCCUUCGGGGCAAGAGGUUUCUUGUUCACAAAAUGGCUGGUGACUGCCAUUUGCAUUUUUGGAGCGGUUGGAUAUGCUGUGUUGCUCAGAGACUUGCUGCAACCCAUAUCUGAUGCCAUUUUCCCUCACCAUGAAUUGGAUGGAGGGGUAGGAGGAGGCCCAUCUCUCGGAAACAAUCUCACAAUGAUGGCAGUGAUCCUGCUCGUUACGCCUCUAUGUGGUCUCCAGAACUUGUCCUCGCUGGAAAAGUUGGGUGCUGCGUCCAUGUCUGCCAUUAUUAUUGUCGGAGGGUGUAUUGCUUACCGAUCGCUUCAGUGUCUGGUAGACCAUCACGAAGAAACGACUUGGCCGGCAUUCCAGCUUUGGCCUGAUUCUGCCAAAGACGUGCUAGAUGCUUUCCCUCUCUUUGUGUCCUGCUAUGUGUGCCACUACAAUAUACCCUUGGUCCAUAACGAGCUCCAAUCUCCAACUCCUCAACGAGUCAGCUAUUGGCUGCGGUCGACAACAAUUUCUGCCUCCCUGUUCUACAUGGCUGUGGGAUUAGCUGGUUCGGCUUAUGGAAAAUGCACUGAUUCAGGAAAAGUGCAAGGCAACAUUUUGCUAGACUUUGAUGAAGACGACCCGCUUCUGGUGGUUGCUCGCAUGUGCCUGGCGUGCACUGUGACCUUGGCUUUCCCUCUGUUGGUCAUCCCUGCUCGCGAUAUCAUGCUUCGGACAUGGUUUGCGACACCUGGUCCAACGUCAGAGGCUGCAGGAGGUCCGUCGUCGGUUCCAGCAGAAACCCCGCCAGCCAACGAGGACAUGGCAGCCGCUCUAGAGGAGCCAUUGUUGCCCAAUGGUGAGGGCGAAGCUGAGAACCCAGAAGCAAUGCAACCGCAAAGCCCUGAAGAACCACAGGCAGAACAACACUCCUUGGCCCUACGUUUGGGGGUUGGAAUCGCCGUACUAUGGUCGGCCGCAGGAAUCGCCAGUUCUGUCAAGUCUAUCGACAUUGUGUGGGAUCUUCUUGGAUCAUCUCUCUCUGUCAUUCUUUCUUAUUUGCUCCCCAGCUUCGCGUAUAUUGCCAUUUUCGGUAGCUCUCUGACGAAUGGCGGGAACGAGGGUGGCGAUCGCACGACAGCACUAUCCUUUGCAAGGGGCAUGAUCUAUGUUUUUGUGCCUCUCAUGGUGAUAUCAACCAUCAAUGCAUUCUACAAUACUUUGUUCCGGUAG